UACGUUUAAUCUAAGAAUGAGUUCUUGCUAGUUACUGAAAAUGGAAGAUCACCAUGAAAUUAGUUUAAAAGACAUCUGCUGUACGUGCCUAAGUACCGAAAGGAACCUUUCAAAGCUGUGUAGAGUUGAAAAUGGUGUAAACGAUUUGUUUUCCUUAUUGUCUUACAAAUCUGACGCUUACGAGGCAAUGUUUGUGAAGGAUAUGACACAACUAUUCAUAUGUUGGGAGUGCAUCGCCCUAUUGCAGAGGUUUUCCAAAUUCAGGGAACAAGUCUGCAUCGCACAUUCUAAACUGACUGACAUUAUUGAUGGAAAAGUGGAUUGUUCCAACAUAAAAACCCUAUCAAAAUUGACAAUUUGUAAUCAAAUCGGAUAUGACCAUGUGUCCAGCAUUAAGGUGGAGGAUCCAGAAGCUUUUGUGGACUGUGGACCUGAAAAUGUAGAUAUCAAAUUCGAAAGUGACACUGAUGAUGAACCUUUAGCAGAGUUAAGCUAUUUGAAAACCGAAGGAGAUGGAGAUAAUAUAGAAGAAAUAUCUAUUCAUAGUCCUGACACGAAAUAUGGUGUUAAAAAGAAUAAAAGAAAGGCUAAAAACAAAGAUAUUCCAUUUGUAGAGAUACCAAUUGAUAAUUAUGAAGUUGAUGAUAACUAUAAUAUAUCAGAAGAAGAUUUAAAUGAUUUUGAUGAUUCUGAAAUUGGUAAGCCAUUGAGCUGUAGAAGAAAAAUGAUAAAAACAUAUGUACCUCCUCUACCAAUAGCUAAAUAUGGUAAUAGUUAUCUCUAUGGAUCAAAAAGCAUGUUAGAAAACAAAAAGAUUGAUUUUAUAAUAAGAAAUUCAAAAAAAUUGGUAGUAAAACUCGAGAGGCCUGAAGUAAUAAAUGGUAACAGUACAAUUGAUUUCGAAAAUAUCCUUGAUACACCGAGAGGGAAAAGAGUGAUUGAACUAAAAGGAAAUGAAAGGAAAAAAAACAAAAAUGUACGUUCAGAUGUAAAUAUACCUAUUUCAAAUGGUGAUAAUAAAAAUAUGUUUAGGAAUGAUGAGAAACAUAAAGAUUCUGUAUCAAAUAAGGCGAAACUAAAGGUCACUAAAGGUAAAAUUCGUAUUAAUUUAAUAAAAAUGAAUAGAGCGGAAAGGCUUAAAAAUAUUGAAGCAAGGAAGUUAAAAGAUGAAUAUGUGAAUGCAAUGAAUAAAUGUGAAGAAUGUGUUGAAGUUUUUGAGGAUUGCGAUACUUUGGAGAAACAUAUAACUGAGUUGCAUGGAUGGAAACCGAAUACAAAUAUGUGCAAUGUAUGCAAAGUGCAUGUAAAAAUGGAAUCUCUCAACAUUCAUAAGAAAGAGCACUAUUUAGUAUGGAAAUGUGUUUGUAAGGAAUCGUUACCAUACAAAUUUAACUGUAUGGAAAAUGUUCGAAAUCAUCUCAAAAGUAAACACUUCAUGAAAGACGCUAAUAUCGAUGCACAGAUGAAGAUAUUAACAGAGCAAGAAGAUAGAAUAGUCAAAAAUAAAAUAUAUACGGAACCCGAGAAACAGUUGACAGUCCUGGUGGACGACCCCAAAGGACCAGGGUUCGCUUGUUGGCAGUGCAAGCAAUAUUUCAGGAGCCAAAAACUACGUAAUGAGCACGUACAGAAGUGCCAUACUGAGGGAUUCCAAUGUUUCUCUUGUGGGAAGAAAUAUUCUUUGAAAGGCUCCCUGAAGAAACAUGAAAUGAUACACUGCAACCCACCACCGCGUCAGCAAUGCCCGAUCUGCGGCAAAAUGGUUUGCGCGUACCGCGUCAAGGCCCACGCGUUGAUUCACUCCGAGAAGCAGUACCCUUGUAAACUUUGCGACAAGAAGUUCAGCUCGCUAUACAGCUACCAGCUCCAUCUCAAGUACACGAGGCAGCACGCGGACACACAAGCCCUAAAGUAUAAAUGUUCGCUAUGCGGCAAAUACUACCGUUCCCCCGGCGAGCUGCGCGACCACCACAAUUACAGGCACGAGGCCAAGUCCAUCCACAAAUGCCCCAUCUGCCAUACGGUACUAGCUUCGGCCAGAGGUAUAUACCGACAUAUCAAGAGAGUACACGAAGAUAAACAGGAAAAGCGAAACAAGAUAUGCCAGACCUGUGGGAAAGCCUUCCUGGUACAAAAAACUCUAAGGGAACAUGAGCGGAUACACACAGGCGAAAAACCAAUACCCUGCGACUUAUGCGCGCGCACCUUCCGACAAAGGGCCGCUCUCUACACUCACAAGCGUCGCGUGCACAAAGUCCCCCUUAAAAAGAAGAUUAUAUACCACACAGAUGAUAUCAAAGAUGUUAUGAAUCCAGAAAUAAAUAAAAGCAAAGACUAA